AUGGUGCUGCCCAUUACCCUGGUGAACGAGGGGGUCAGCUUUGACAGAGCCAAAGAAUUCAAGACACGGCUGGGGAUCUUUCUUCACAAAUCAGACCUCAGCUCCGAUACUGGGAAUGUUGGCAAGUUCGAGUGGAACAGUAAACACAGCAAAGAGAGCAGAAACUUCUCAGAAGAUGUGCUGGGCUGGAGAGAGUCGUUCGACUUGCUGCUGAGCAGUAAAAAUGGGGUGGCUGCCUUCCACGCUUUCCUAAAGACGGAGUUCAGCGAGGAGAACCUGGAGUUCUGGCUGGCCUGCGAGGAGUUCAAGAAGAUCCGGUCCGCCAGCAAGCUGGCCUCCCGGGCUCAGAGGAUCUUUGAGGAGUUCAUCUGCAACGAAGCCCCAAAAGAGGUGAACAUAGACCAUGAGACCAGGGAGCUGACCAGGAUGAACCUGCAGGCUGCCACGGCCACAUGCUUCGAUGUGGCUCAGGGUAAGACACGCACCCUGAUGGAGAAGGACUCCUACCCGCGCUUCCUGAAGUCACCCGCUUACCAGGACCUGGCUGCCCAAGCCUCGUCCACCACCGCCUCUCCGUCCAGCUGCAGCCCGGCAGAGCCCGUGCACACCUGAGCUCAUGGCAGUGAGGAGCCAGCCGGGAAGGGAGGUUGAGUCACCCAGCCCUGAGGCAGCUGCCCCUGUGUGGGAGGCAGGUUCUGCAGAGCAAACAAGAGGACAGUGAAGGAAAAAGCUGUUUUUGUUUUGGAAGCAACAGCCUCUCCUCCAGAUCCUGUGGGACUAAACUUCAUGCAUGAGAGGGUCGCCCCACUCCCAGGACUCGUGGAUGGGGGCUGAAGUUCACUGUUGUGCGGCACUCUCUGGGCAAAAGCAUGGUGGUGCAAGAGUUAUCGUUAGCUCUUGACAGCUCUCAACAGCGCAAGAAAAAGUCCAGGGUGGUUUAGGAAAUGUAAAUAAAGGGAAACUCAAAAAUGAGAGGGAAGACAGCCAGAUCAGCUGCUUUGCCUGUUGAACAGCUGGCUGAUCACAUCCUGUUUUCCUCUUUCCCAGACUGUGCUGGGCACAGGAGGGAGCCCUGGAUGUGGACCCCUCCUAUUCCGUCCACCUCACCUGCCUUUGGGCUGCUUGAGGGCCCCUUAGCUUGUACUUUUUAACACUCCUGUGUCCAGCCUCAGUCUUUUCAAGGCUAGGGAGCCAAUGUGAUACAUGCCCCAAGUGAGAUUUUUAUACCUCAAAAACUGGCUUUUCAGUCCCUUUCCAAGUCAGCAGAGAGCCCUGAAAAGAAGCCGUCUCGCUUAUGUGAAGUCAAUCUUGGUGCUCUUGGUGACCUUGUAUGUGGCCCCCGACCUUGUGUUUGCAACAGGGUCCACCUGUGAGCAGGGCCUGAUGAGGGCCUCUUGCUGGGAUAUGCCAUCUCAGCUCGGUUCCACCCUUGAGCGUGGGGCCCCCGAGGAGAAAGGUGUGGGACCUCUCGGUGAGUAGCUGGUCAGCUCUCAUGCCCAGCAGUGUGCAGAGAGGGAGAAAGCGAUCAUAAGAAAUAAAUCUCUUGACAGUUCCUGAAAGUCCUACUUAAAUCAAGCCAAUAUUUUUUUUUUCUGUGAGUAUGAGAAUGGGGAAAAGAAGCACCCCAGGGUGGAAGGGGAGCCUCAUGUUUCCUUCCCGUGGGUGCGAGGUGCACUAAUGAAUGUUGGGGGAGAUGGGGCAGGGACCACGAUGAUCCUUGGGCAGACCCAGAAGAUGGGAGUGGACUUGGGGAGAGAAGCUGCUUGGAAGAGCAGGACUGGGGAAAUCAGAACCUGCCUGUCACCUCAGGGCAUCACUGAACAAAUUUUCUGAGUUGGGACCUGUGCACGAACCCAGGCUGGGGAGGUGAAUGAACCAGGUGGCCCCUUGUGCCCCAGGAAAAUCAACCGUGUUCUCGCUGUACUGUGAGCUCCUCCAGGAGACAAUUAUUUAAGUUAUAAUGUAUUGUUGGUUUUGUGACAACUGUCAUAGCAUGUUAUUUAUGUUACUGUUGGUGUUAUUGCUAUUGUUAUUUAUUAUUAUAACUUUAGUUUGCCUCAACCUGAGAAUCUCAACAGGAGCUGGCAGCCUGUCUCCCUCUCCCCGCCAGGCUCUACCUCUGAAUGUGCUGGGAAUCUCUUAGCGCCUGUCGGGAACUCCUCACUGUUGAAAUAUUUAUUUAUUGUUGACAACUGGAGCUGGUUUCUGAGAUACGAAUGAUGUACUCAAUCCCUGUUUUUCCUGUUUCAGCAUGUUAUAUUCUUGUAAAAUAAAAAUAAAACCCCAAUAUGAGAUCCUGUCUUCAA